CUGAAGUGGACAUAACAGAACACAGAUGGUGUCCGACACAAGCUGUGGGAAUGAACUGCACGAAUUAACACAAAUUAACGUGGAUUAGAGCCGGCGAUAUUUUGCGGAGAAAAUAUUGUUUAUUCACGUUGUAAGUGUCCCUAGACGUCGCAGCCCUGCAUUCCAAAAAGGAAGACGAGUACUUCACCAUGAGCUCAGACGAUGGUGACAUGGAGAACCAGGCUGAGCUCGAAGAGAAGACGAGGCUCAUCAACCAGGUGUUGGAGCUGCAACACACUCUAGAGGAUCUGUCUGCCAGAGUGGACGCUGUCAAAGAAGAGAACCUGAAGCUGAAGUCGGAGAACCAGGUUCUAGGUCAGUACAUCGAGAACCUCAUGUCGGCCUCCAGUGUCUUCCAGACCACCGACACCAAGAGCAAACGAAAGUAAGGAGAACAUGGAGAGUCUGACCCUUGACCCUGCUCCCCCCACACACAAACACACUCACACACACACGCACACACACGCACACACACACGCACACACACACACACGCACACACACACGCAUGCUGACACACAUUCCAAAACCUGAACCCACAACGCCAUGGAGGAUGGAUUCUGAACAUCUACGUCAUGCACCCUUUAGAGCUGCCUCAAACACCUCAAGUUAACAUGCAUCAUGGCUGGUCUGAUCACAGGUGGACAGCUCACUUCACACCUGUAAUCAGACUUCUCUUCUGAUUGGAUCCCAUUUCCUCGUUCUAUAUUCAUAUAAACUUUUUAUUCUUUUCAAUUAAGAAAGAAUGAACUCAUUUUAUAAGAGUGUGAUGCAGUACAGUGAUGUGUGAGACCUGUGAUGCAGACUGGAGCUUUUUUUUUUUUAAGAUGAGAUAUCUUUAAAAAGGAAAACCUGGGCCAAAAAAGGGCAUGAUGAUAACCUUAAUUUUCAAGUUACAAACUGCUAAUCACUUAAUUCCAACUAUAAAAAAGCAAACAAAUAGGAAGAGUAACAUAAAAACAAUCAGAUCAAAUAUCUACACACAGACAGUGUUGACCUAAAAUAUUUAAUACGGCUUUUUAAAACACUCAGGGUUAUAAGAUUGAAAGAUUGUGAAUGUGAUAGGUGCAGAAAAACUAAACUUUUUUUUAGAACAACAUGCAAGUUCGUUAAAAAAUGGCUCAUUAAACUAAAACCUUGCGAUGUCCGAGAGUGGGUGUGUACUUAAAGCCGGCCAAUUCAGCGUCAAAUAUGAACUGAAGGUUUGUAAUAAAACGACAGGUUGUAAUGAACCUCAAUGCACCAUGAUACAUGCUGUCCAGAAUAGAAAGACGUUACAGACAGUUUCAUCAAUAAGUAUUCAAAGGGUAGACUGCAAGUGUUUGUUUCACACACUUACAAAUCCUUCUAUGCUCUUCAGCUUAGCUCUCCUGGUCUGAGCUCUCAUCUCUUAAAGAGUCGUAGGAGCAUCCACACCUGUACUUGUAACAUGUCCACUUGUGAUCAGAAGUUUGAAGCAGGUGUAAAUAAGGUGUAAGCCUCAAAGAUGUUUCUCAGUCUGCAAAUCUCAUUAGAGAAGUUGUCCACUAGUUGGCAGUGUUGAAUUUAUCUCAAUGAAACCUUUUUUCAUUCUGAAAGAUCUGUCAGAACGUGAAAGACCCACAUUUAAGCUAAACCUUUCAGCUAAGAUAUCAACAGACAUGUUAUAAAAAUGUAACACAAUAUGAGAACCGUGAGAACAUUUACAACCCAGAUUAGAAUAUCGGCUUCAUCACAUGUCCAUGUUUCAGGACCUGGGGUUCAGAGAUGUGCAGUUAUCUAAUCCUUAAAUAAUUCACCAGUUCUAAACAUACAGCUGUGAGGUGGGUGAACAGAAAACAAAACUUUAUAAAUUAAUCAAUGGAAUAGACGACAGCCUGAAAUGUUCACAUAGUUACGUGCUCUUGUUGUGUGCUUGUUGGCUAAAAACUGGACUGGUGCUUAAAUCAUAGCAUCGAUCAGAUUAGAGAGAUUGCAGUGAAGGAAGUAAAACAGAAACUGAACAGAAGUGAUUAUUAUAGAAAUGUCUUCAACAGCAUGU